UACUAUCUUCUUUAUCGACUGUUAACCCGGUCAAUCAUUUCAUUUGUACAAAAGAAAGAUCAAAGAAAAAAGGUGCAUUUAUAUUGAAAUAUUAAUAAAAAGUUUAAAAAUGAUACUUGGUAAAAUGUAAUUAUUGUUUAAUAUAAUCGUAAGGAAAAAUACUUGAGGGCCAUAAAAUUAUUGAUCCACUGCAGUCUCAGAUUAUACUUUUUCAAUAAGAUCAGCUGUGCGACAAUAUGGCGGAUAUUCGUACAUUAGUAAUCUGACUUAAAUUAAAAUACACAAAAAAACUAGAAAGACAGGUAGUUAUUUAUACGAAUUGGCAGUGGAAACGAGUUUAACCGGAUUCAAUUUUCUGCUAGUUAUAAGGAAAUCCUCGGAUCUAAUUCGAGAGAAAGAUUUGAUAAAAAAAAAAAAAAAAUUACAACUUCAACGUUAGAGGAUAUUUAUGGAGGGAACAGUGAACCGUGAGAAGAUAAUACAAAGUUAUAAGAGCGUAUAAAAACGUUGCUAUUAUAUGAAUAUCAUUUUAUAUCAUAGUUACUUUAUCAUAAAUCCAUCAUCAACAUUAUGAAAUAAAAAAGCAACGAAUAAUAAUUUUGAUCAAGUGCUUCGUGUGUAUGGUUGAAGAAAAAUUCAAGCGAGGGAUAGAUCGUUAAGAUGUACAUAUAUCUAAUUGAUAGAGUACAGUGACUGAAUCACCCUAAGAGAUAUUUAGAUUAUAUUUUAUAAAACACCAAAAUCCAUUGGUACACAGAGCACGGACAACGAGACAAUUGCCUUAUAUUUGCAACAGUCGUGUAACGUCAUUCAAAUUUACGAAAGAUAUUUAGAUCUUGUAGCAAAUGACGUACCAUUUGAAUUUAACCAGAAGUUUCUAUAUAAGCACAUAAACGUAUCCUACAAAAUCAGUUCAUUUAGAUCAGAAAAAAAAGAUACAUCUCUGUUAGUUGGUUAUUAAAGUAUACAUAUACGUACAUAUACGUGUAUAUAUAUUGCGUAUGUAUGUACAUAUAUAUAUUUAUACAUAUAUAUAUAUAUAUAUAUGCACAAAGCAUCUAGAAUACUUUAACAAGGAAGGUGAUAAAAGUGUAUAACUUUAUAAGCAGUAAUAUCAUUGUUAAUCAACAUGAAAGACAAUCCAGAUUGUGUUAUUCUCAAUACGGGUGAAACACAUAAUUAUCAUCAACCUGUCUCUGCAAAACCUUCGGUAGUUUCAGUUUCAAGUAUUGAUUCUGAUGUUAGUGAUAGACGGGAUGUACGCGAAGAGCUUUAUGCUGGAAUCUUCAGAAGGCAUAGAAAAACUAUAUUGGUAAUAGGCAGUUUUCUAAAAAUGCUAAAGAAAUACUUGGACAGAUUACAUGCUCUGAACCGAAUAUUUGGUUUAUUUGCCAUACGAUUUGAACAUGUUGCAAGACAAAAAUUUUGGUAAAUUGGCAGUAAAAUAUAUAUUAUGCAAUUCUUUCUUCCAAAUUUUACGAUUUAUGCUUUAUGAUAUUCGUUUAAUUGAGUGCUAGACUGUUUGUUUAUAUUUGUCUUAUUAUUAUUUUAUAUUUACUUGAUAUAAAAUUUCAGUUAAUACUGAACCUUUUAAAUGAUAAUUUAAUGUCUUAUUCUUUACAUUUAUAAUAAUAUAAAAUACGAUAAAAAUUUGAAUAUAAUAUAUUACUUUCAAUAACAGAUAUUAUUGUUGAGUUAUUGAUCUGAGAAAGUAGAAUUAAUUAAGUUUGCUAGAAAUUAAUCUUUUCCUUAAUCCUUUUAAGGUGGAACUACUGAAUGAAUAAACUUAUGACAGUGAUAUAUAUGUGUAUUAUGAGAAAAAAUUAUAUACACUGGGUUGUGCUAUUAUUAUGAUGAAUCUUUACUAAAAAAAAUUAUACCUAUUUCUAAUGUAAUUAGAACUUAACAUUAUCAAGAUGAUGGAAAAUGAUAAAACACCAAUACUUUAAUAUAACAAAUUAAGCAGAUUCAUGAAAAUAUCAAAUCAAAGUCUUUUUUGUUAACAAUUCAUUACUAUAUACAACUUUUGAGGCUUAUUUAAUAUUUGUCUCUCCAUUUUUGUACGUUUUGUAUACUAUUUCUCUUUAUACCAAAUACUGCCAUUAGAAAAUAUAAUAGUUAAAGUAGUAGGCAAUAGAACAUAGUUAAGUAAGAAAUACAUUCCACAUGUUUUUCAUGAAAUCUUAACAAAUUCAUAAUGUUAUACACAUAAAAAAAAAGAAAAUCAAUAACAAAUUGUCCUUGUAUUUUAGAUGACCAUUCAAUGUCGAAAGACUGAGAAAUGUGCUUUUUUGGAACUUCAAAUGUGCCAUACUAUAACUUAGAGAAAAUCUUAGAGAAGAAUAAUCUAAAUAUGUUUGUGUAAUUAAAAAUUUCUCUAUUUGCUGUUGAUUAUGAAAUUAUUAAACAAAAAACUAUAUAGCAUAUCUGUAAAUCCUGUUAAUUAUUAUUAAUAGCUUGCAAGUAUAUCUUGUAUGAAGAUAAUUAAAUGUCAACAUAUUAAUCUGAGUUAUUAUAUGAGAAUUAAAAAUAAAAAAUAUAGAGAAAGUAUAAAUAAUAUGAAAUUAAUUAAAUAAUUUAUAAAUUUCUAAUAUUUUGCAGUUGUUACAUGCAAAGUGGAGCUAAUUGUACUUAGCAAAUAGAAAAGGAUUCUGUUAUAAAUUAAAAAGAAACAGUAUCAUUUUGCAUAAAUAUUUACAAUAAAAGCACACUUAUACAGCUGCUUGACCAAUUUUUAUGUAGAGCAAAAGAUUUAUAUAUGAAUAGUUUCAUAAAUAUCUAUCAAUUCACUCCUAUAUUAUAUUUUAUCUUAUGUAUAUGAAAACAAGUCAUCUUAUAUAUUAAAUUUUAUCAUAAGUAAUUAUAUCCAAAUAGAUAAAAGCAAUUAUGUUAGUUAUCAACACCGUGUAAGAUAUAUAAAAGGCAAUAACACCUGUUUUGUGUUUAUAUAUUAAUUGGAAAAUAGUAUACCAUCACUUUGUAUAACGCAUCAUUUGUAUACAUUUCACUGAUAUGUAUAGAUUAAAUAAUAAACUAUUAAUAUUAUAUUUAAUAA